GUGAAAGUUUUAAAAGCCUCACAGUAAUUUUCCUCGGUUGCACCGAAUCAAGCUUCAUUACAAGCGUUGUAACGCUCGGCACGCGCAACUCAGGUAGAAGGAGAUUCCGUAAUUUGCUUCAAUUAGACUACAAUGCAUCAUCGAAAGAAACUUCGCCUCCGCGACUGGCUUGUGAUGAAUAUCAAUGAAGGCCGAUUUGGUUUGAGAUGGGAAGGAGACCCAAAGGACAGAAUGUUUAGAGUACCGUGGAAGCACGGCAGUCGGCAUGGAUGGAGCGUUGAAGAUGCUGCUCUGUUCCAAGCUUGGGCUACAUACACAGGAAAGUAUAAAGAAGGCAGGGAUAAAGCUGACCCUCGAAAGUGGAAGACGAAUUUCAGGUGCGCCCUAAACGCUCUGCCUGAUAUCAAAGAAAUUCGCACCAAAAGUUGUCCGCGUGGAAGGGAUGCAUUCAAAAUCUACCGAAUGAGGCCGCUUAGAGGCAGAGAGAAUCCGCCUUUGUUGUCCACCAGUCAGACAACGGAAAUAAGAAGGAGCGAAGCCGUAUUUCAGCCUCCAAGACUAUCUUUUAGAGAGACCAGUUUUCCGACUUUGGGCGUGUGUUACCAGCCCUCUUCCUACCCGGCAGAGCCGGAAGCUUAUGACAGAUGGCCGUGUCGAGACAGAAGGGAAAGUACUGGAUUGAGUGACGAAGAAAUUGUUAACUUGGUACAUCAAAUGAUGAGUGAAGCAAGUUCGCCAGAGUAUCUAAGCUCACCAAAUCUUAGCUCUCCAGGUGGAAGUGCAGAUUCAUACCAUGCUGGUUUGAACCCGUUCCAGUUCCCAUGAUGCCUUCUUACAGCUUGUUCGCAACCAGUCUUUCUCUGAAAGAGGUUCGCGUUGUUCCAAAUACGAUAAAACCAACUUAGUGUUGGUGUAGAUGUUAUGAUUUAGUUUCCAAGCACUUAAGUUAGAUUUACUGUCUAUGUUCUUUUUCCGUCUGUUUUGUCUUAUCUUAGGAAAAAAUAACUAAAAAAGCGUUCACUAAUACAAUUUUUUUAACAGAGGAAGCAAGCUUAGCACUUGAUCCAGGAUUCGGUGCAAACACCCUUUUGAAGAACACGUUAAUAGGCUUUUUGAUUUUCAGUGAGAGAGAAUCAAGCCAAAAAGACCGGUUAUUUGGACACGUGCACAUAAGCUUAUUCCUAAAGAAAUCGGUGUUUUCGGAAAUCCGAUGAAAACUCCAUAAAUCACUUGUCUUCUGGUGAUAGAUUCAGUCUCAGCUUAAUCUCUCUUCCCUCUUAGGUUUGUCACAAUAAGAAAGGUUUUUUUUUUUCGUUUUGAUACAAUUCGCAAAAGCGUUAGCCCGUAAUCGUCAAUUUCAAUUCUGAAAACGCUUAACGUAACUUGGUGUUGCAAGAAAUUGAGGCGACUUUGUUAGGAAAUGACUUGAAGCACAACGACUAGACCCAAGCCUCUGGUUCAAAAGCACUUGGAGCACCUCGUAACAGUUUUGUUAAAUGGGAUUCAUCUCGCGCAGAUUCUUUCUUCUAAUACCCUAACUAAGCGCGAUAAAGUAAAUACCAAGUAUUUUUUUAAAGUAAACUUCAAGAGUUGUAUUGCAUGAUAAAGCUUUCAAGAGCAAGGGUAAAUGAAUCUUUAUAUUGGCCUCUAUGGGUGUCAUGGAGUGAUAAGAUUCGAUGUAAAGUUUUGGGAAAUAAAAAUACGCCAGAA